AUGCUGCCGCUCCUGUAUCUCUACCUGCUCCUCCCGUCCAUACGCUGUGACAACCUGCUCUGCUACUACAGCCCCAUCCUGGAGAGAGAGAAAGAGGCGGAGGCCAACUUCCGGCUAAUCCUGACAGAAUGCCCUCCCGCUGAGCGGUGUUUCAAGGCAGAUGGCCGCUACGGGAACCACAGCGCCCUGUCGGCACGGGGCUGCAUGGCGGAGAGAGACUGCGGCCAGGCGCACAGCCUUCACCUCAAAGCAACCGUCUACACCAUGAACUACGCCUGCUGCGACUGGCAUUACUGUAACUCCGGCCCUGGGGUCACGGCCAGAUCCUUCCCCCUCGUGUUGACGUUGCUGACUCUGGCUGUGAUCAUGGGCUACUUGUGA